ACAAAUCGGAGCUGCUGCUGACUUGUGAUUUUUUCUAAACGAGCAAUGGCGAGUCGGCCGAAAAAGGAAUUCGAAGAUUCUUCGGAAGAGGAAAACGAAGAAUUCAUGAAACUCUUGUUCAGCGAAAAAAUGAAGAAAAUAAUUAUCGAGGCGGACUCAGAGGAGGAUGCAUCAUCGGAGGAGGCACCAUUGGAGGAGGCACCAUCCACAAGCCACAGGCGCAAGAAGAAGAAGCGCCAAAGGAUGUAUUCUUCGGAGGACGCAGAGGAGGAGGAAAGUUCCUCCACAAGCCGCAAGCGCAAGCGCAAGAAGAAGCGCCGCAAGAAGUCCAAGUCUUCUGACAGGUAGGACGUAACAGAUAUUUUCAUUUAGGGCUGAGCAGCUAAAAUGCUUUGCGUACUUAUAACGUGGUGAAACAUCGAUGGUUGAAAAAAAACAUCGAAAAUUUCAAAAACAUCGAUGCAUCGAUGUUUUCAUCGAUGUUUUGACACCUCUAUAGCACUAACUGGCAAAAUGUAAUAACAGGUAUUUUAACAGCAAUCCAUCAACGGUCACUCUUAAACAGUUUUUGCAUUUUGGGCCGCACGUUUUUU